CGAGUUUAGUUGAAAAUAGCUUAUAGCAAAUUAAGAGAAAAAAUGCCAGGCCUUACUAUUGGAGAUGACCUUCCUAAUCUUCAAGUAGAAACGAAUCAUGGAACGAUGAAACUCCAUGACUAUGUUGGUGAUAGCUACACCAUUCUAUUUUCUCAUCCAGGUGAUUUUACGCCAGUAUGCACGACGGAGCUUGGUAUGAUGGCGGCUUAUGCCAGCAAAUUCGCUGAACGAGGAGUCAAACUUAUUGGACUUUCUUGUGACGAUGUCCACUCUCACAAUGAGUGGAUCAAGGAUAUUGAAGCUUACAACAAGGGACACAAGGUGACAUACCCAAUCAUUGCUGAUCCAAAAAGAGAAUUGAUUAAGCAACUGAACAUGGUGGAUCCUGAUGAAACAGAUUCCUCUGGUCAUAAAGUUCCUUCUCGUGCUCUUCACAUCGUAGGUCCGGACAAGAAGAUAAAGCUGAGCUUUCUAUACCCAGCAAGCACCGGAAGAAACAUGGAUGAAGUGUUGAGGGUGGUGGACUCACUGCAGCUUUCUGCAAAGCACAAAGUUGCAACCCCAGCAAACUGGAAACCGGGAGAGCCGGUGGUCAUAUCACCGAGUGUCUCUAAUGAACAAGCCAAGGAGAUGUUUCCACAGGGUUUUGACACUACCGAUCUUCCAUCUGGCAAGAGUUACCUCCGCUUCUCCAUCUUCUAAUUAGAAAGAGAAAAAAAUGGAGAUGUUGGUAUUACGAUUUUCAAAGUUUAGUCAAAGUUGAGCUCAAGACUCACUACUCAGUCCUAUUUGGUUCGAUGUCUUACUUCGGUCAAUAAGCAAAACGUCUAAAAAUUACUUGAUAAUAAAUAAUAUAUUGUUGAAAAACUUAGUCAAAAGUGCAUUGUAGUUGCAUGGUAGCAUAUACACACUCAAUUCUCUCAUACUCUCUUUUUUUUUUAAUUAAUUUGUUAAGUUAAGUUUAUUUUAUAACUCGUUACACGAGUCAAAUAAGUAGCAAAAUUGUAGAGAUUUUUUGGUACGGUAAGCAUUUGGAUAUGUAUUUUAUCAAUCGUUUAAUUAUGAGUAGGAUUUGUGCCACAUAUCACCUUAUCACCUUAUUGAUAAUAAAAAUUAAAUAUAUAGUUGAC